GACAUGAAAGCGGCUGAAUUGAACAGAAUUGACGUGAAUGUGGAGAAGUACAUGGAUCGAAUCUGGGAGCUCGCGCAUUCCGAAGAGUAUCAGAAAAUGGAUAAAUCGUUGUUGAAGGAUGCCAUUAAAAGAGACAGCAAGGAGCAGUUCAACGAGUAUGUUGACACAGUAUUUGCUGCUCAUCGCAAGUACCGUCAUGGAUACGACAUGGAUGCGCCAAGCUGGGAUUUUAUUACGUCAUUUUUCUUCACGGCUACAAUGUUGACAUCAAUUGGAUAUGGCUAUGUUGUUCCAUCAACAUUCCCCGGUCGCCUGUUCGGUGUCAUCUACUGCCUUAUUGGUUAG